AUGGCCCCCGUCAUUGUCAACCUUGCACAGACGCUGGCCCAGGACAAAGUGGCUCUGAGCCGCAUGAAGUUGUCGCGAACAGCAGCGAAAUAUAAAAUGGUUCACGGCAUGGGGAAGACAUUCUCUGACCGCAUCAUCAGCAACAUCAGGAAGUUACCAUUCUCCAUCAAUCUUGAUGAGGCUACCUCAAGUAGUGACAAAAAGGUGCUCUCCAUUUUGGUGAGCUAUUAUAACCCAGGGAGGAAGGCUGUUGAUGUGGAGCACCUUGGGUCAUUUGAAGUACUCAAGGUAACUACAGCAACCCUGGAGAAUGCCCUGGACAAAUUCUUUACAGACAAUGAUAUCCCGUGGUCCAACAUGGUGAGCAUGAUGAUGGAUUCCUGCGCAGUGAUGCGAGGCAGCAAGUCUGGCCUUGAAACUAGAGUUCGACACAACCACUGCCCAGAGCUUCUAGACAUUGAUGGGGACUCAUGCCAUCACAUGCACAAUGCAUCAAAGAGAUUUUCCAGUGCUUUCAACGGUCAUCUAGAACAGCUCUUCAGUGACCUUCAUACUGAUCACAAGUGGGCUUCUGACCAGCGGUCUUAUCUCCAAGAGAUAUGCGAUUAUAUGAGCAUUCCCGGUUCAACUCCAAAGAGAUUCAUCCCACACCGUUGGCUGUCAUCUUAUGAUGUUGGACUCAGCACGCAAACAAUGCUUCCUGCUUAUAAGGUCUUAUUCUUUGGGUUCAUGAAUGCGGAAGACAAGGCUCUGUACAAAGAACCUUUGGAAAAACUCUAUGAUGCUCAUCAUGUGAAUGAAAAGGCCCAGAGACGCAUUCAGACUUUUCAUAAGGACCUCAAUGGGAAAGGAAUGACACAGCAGGGCAGAGACAGAAAGCAGCGGUUGGUUAAGAAACUGUGUCAUGAAAACACCAAAACAGAGCUCCAUCUCAGUGUCUACACAGGUGUCCUGGCUCUUCUGAAAGAAUGUUAUGGUGUUCCAGGUAUAUUGAAAUAG